UAUUUAUCUCUCUCUUGUUCAAUUGUUUCUCUUCAAUCACCAUUUAUAGGACAAGGCGUCAUUAAACUACUCGCGGAAGGCGAGCAGCUCUCGCAUCGUCGAUCAUCCGCCAUUGUUACGGCUGGGGAGAGAAAAGAGGCGGAAUGUCCGCGGAAGAGAGGUAGAUCCGAGAUCCGUGCCAUUUCCAGUGGAGGUCAGAAGCUAGGACAGAAAGGGGGAAGAGAAGAUCGGUUCAAGAACAGUGUAGUAAGCGAUUCAUCCACCCUGUCUGGUUUUUUGUUUUGCAAUUUGUUUUGAUUCGAGUUUCGUGGUCAAAAAUACUUCUCUGGCACUUUAUUCGGAUCCUAAUCGUGCUGGAUAAAUUGUUGUAGCCGGAAGAAGAGGUCGCGAGUCGAUUUCCUUUCAGCUUAGGGUUAUCAGCUCUCUGAUCUAGCAGUUAAUAGUAGGUCGACUCAGAAUUUAAUUUGGGGGGUUUCUUCAUGCUCUUAGCAAGUCUGUGUAGCGGCUACUAGUGAUGGGAUAGCAGAACUAUGAUCAUUCUCUUAAGUGAAGAAAUGAAAUUUGUACAAGUUUCAUAUGAAGUUAAAGGUUUCAGUAGCUUCUAACUGAAAUCAAGGAAAAUCUUUGACUAGGUACUAGCUCAACUUUGGGUCCAAACGUAUGCAUAGCUAGAAGACUGUUCUUUCAUUCAAAUUUAAUUAUUUUACAGCAAGUAAAACUAUUCUUUUAAAUUUUUGAUAUUUAAGAGGUUUAAUAUUAAACACAUUAUACAUAUUUAAUAUGUUUAAUCGUCAUUAAUAUAUUUAGCCAUGGUUGUUGAGCCCCUUCAUUUUGUACCUAAUAGAUUUUAUCACCCGUGGAUUGUCCCUACCAUUUUUUCCCAGUGUAAUCGUUAACAUGGGAGUUGUCGUCGCUGGCUCACAUGCGACAAUGGCUCUUGUGGUGGUUCUGAUGGUGAUGUUCACCGCCACUUGCGCUUGCUCCUGCCAGUUGCUUCCACUCCUACCAUCUGCUCCGCCAACGAUCACGACCUCACACAAGCCCUUCAAAGCCCGGAAGCCCCCAAAGUCACCGUCUCCACUUUGGUGGCAACUUUGGGUGCUUCGGGGCUUUGAAGGGCUCGUGGGAGGCCGUGACCGUUGGUGGAGCAGAUGGUUGGAGUGGAAGCAACUGGCGGGAGGAAUCGCAGGUGGUGGCGAACGUUACCAUCAAAACCACCACAAGUGUCAUUGUUGAAGAUAAAGAUUACUAGUUGAUGGGGGAGUUUAUAAGGGAGAAAAGGAGGGGCAGCCCAUGUGAGCUAGCGCCAGCAACUUCUAUAUGAACGGUUACACUCAGAAAAAAAGACAGGGACAACAUAUAGGUGACAAAACCUGUUAGGUAUUGAAUGAGGGGCUCAACAGUCAUGACAAAACAUAUUAAUGAUGAUUAAAUAUAUUUAAUAUUAAACCUAUUAAAUUAAGAAGUCCAGGUUCUCUCAUUCCUGGUAAUGAUGACGACGACGACGGCCUUGUCCUGCUCGAUGACCUCUCGGUUCUUGAACAUCCGUCUAGAAAGAUGCUUUGGAUGCCCGUGGAGCCAUUCGAACCUAACAAAUCUUGUUAUGUGUGUUCUGAGUCAACACUCGAAACACAACUCUGAGAGACAUUGUUGAAAAGAUAAUAAAAGUCAAAUUGGGGAUGAAUCUUCCCAUGGUAAUGCAAGGUACAGCCCUUAUCUAUGAGGAUGGUGAUGAUCUGGAGGAAGAUGUUGCUGCUAAUUAUGCCUUGAACCUCGACAAGAACUUAGCAGAUCUCCCUGCACCACUUACCGGUGGCACCAUGCUCACAAUUGAAGAUUUUCAGCAGGAGUUGAAGUGUCAUAUAAACAUUAAACACAGGGAUGACUUUGAAGAAGAGAAAGAACCCGACCAUGUGGUCUUAUCAGGAUGGACAGCUCCUCAGAAAGUCGAUACAGCUAAAAGUAAUGGAGCAAGCACAUCUGCUGAUCGUCCAAUAAAAACAGAAGCAACAGAGUCUAAAGUGGUUGAUGUAGCUGCAGCAAUGCCUGGCACUAAGAGAAAACUGUCUGCUACAUUAGAAAGAGAAGGAAAUCAAGAAGUCCACCAGGUUCUCUCAGUUCCUGGUAACGACGACGAUGACCUUGUCCUGCUCGAUGGCUGCCCCGAACCAAAUAAGAAACUGAGGUUACAACAUUUGAGCUUUUGUAAAUGGUGACAUCUAGUUGCAGUCCCAGGUAAACUUAGUCAUUCACUAACUUCUUGACUCAAACUUAUAAAUUGUAAUUACUCGUAAGUAAUCUAAAUUAUCUUACGAAAGUUAGUGUUAGGUGAUGUAUUUCCAUUGGAAGCAUCUCGAGAAGAAUUGCCAAUUUUUUUGAGUCGAGUAGUCAGUCGUCCAGUUGAUCAUGUCAGGAAUUGUUGGUUAUCUCUUAUUGUGGGACAACUCGAGCUCGCCUCGAUUUCCUU